AUUCCUCUUGUUUCCCCUCUGACAAUCUAAGGGAAUACAGCUCCCGAACGAGAAAUGCCGCCCGGCCAGCAUGAAGAUUCAAACUAAAAGGCGUUGCCUUGUAUCUAUAUUCUAUUGUGCAUAAGAUGCAUAGAGGUGGUGGAAUGGAGCAUAUUUUCUUUUUAGAAUCCAUAGCUUAAAUGAAUGAAUUUUACUUCAAAAUUUUCACCCAGUGGCAGUUGAAAAGGCUCUGCUUAUGAGGACGCCUUGAAUUCUGCUAAUCCAAAUUCCAAGGUUUCCAUGCCACUCGAUUGGAAAAGAAAUUCAAAUGCAGCCUCUGCACUUAGCCCUGCUAGUGAAUGAUAAACUGUUUCUGGCAUUUAUAAUCCAUGAAUUGAAUACUGUGAUGCAAGAACCUUACUAAUAUGGCAAGGCUUGUCCAAUUGUUAAUAAGAUAUGUCACAGUUAACUGAUGUGCAAGUCAUUUGUUGUUAUUUACACGAGGAAAGAAGAUAAUACAUGGCUCAAAGAGAUUGGGAGAAUUUGAACAUCGAUUGCCUGGUUGAAGUGUUCAAAUGGGUUGGGAUGGAGUCACUUCUAUUGAGUAUUCCACUUGUGUGUAAAUCAUGGUACAAAGCCACCCUUGACCCAAAAUGUUGGCAGAUUCUCGUUUUCCCUGAUAUCAGAUGUUCAGAAAAAUUGCCCAGAACAAUGACAAUGCACUUUGUGCAUUCAUACAGUCUAUCGUGGCAUCAUUUUCCAAAUGCUUCGUUUGCUAAAUUUGUAGUUAGCCGAGGUCAGAGGUCUGCUACAAGUUUGGUGCUUCCUGGCACUUGCUCAUAUCAAGCACUAGAAUAUAUCUCAGAUGAGUGCCCGGACUUGAAAUUCUUAGGUUUGUCGCUUGAUCUAUUGUAUCACAACGGACCAGUCAUCGCAAACCUGAUCAGUAAAUGGAAGAACUUGCAAGUAUUGAGCAUUGGACAUUGCUAUAUGCUUAAUGAAAUGUUUGCUCAGCUCAGGCUUCAUUGCAAGAACUUUGUAGGGCUAAUUUGCUGCUAUAGUUGGAUAGGUCAUGAAGAAGCAUUUGCCAUAGCCAGUAUGCCAAAGAUCAAGUACUUAAGUUUUAGGAAAGUCCAUUUCCACCAGAAUAACCUUUUGAUGAUAUUGCAAAGCUGCAGAGAGCUUGAACUCCUGGACUUGAGUGACUGCAGCGGAUUUGAUUAUGGUAAUGAGAUAAGGAAGCUUGCUUCUCAUAUCAAAACUUUCAGAUGCGAGAGGUCAAGUUCAAGCGAGGAAGAGGAUGAUUAUCACUACUAUGCAGAGGAGGAACAAGCCAGACUGGUUUAUAGAAAAAUAAUGUAACAAUCAUUCAUCUCAGUCCAAAUAAUCUCGGCCGACGGACAAGAAAUGAUACUACUACAGGGCCUUAAAUAUGCUUCUUUCCACUCAGAUGCCAUAUUUGGGAUGAUACAAUUAUUUUUGAUGGUUCUGUAAUAAAGAAAAAAUAUUUCCAUACAUCUUUUGGCUCAAUCUUGAAUAGUGAAUAAAUAGUUAUGCAGUUGGUACACUAGCAUUAACAUCCUAUAGUUGGGAUCUUAAAAGAAUUAUUU